AUGGCCAGCUGCUUGGUAACUGCACUGCUGUUGCUACUGCUUCUAGACGUGCUGCAGGAAUGCCCAGAGGCCGUCGCUGCCCAUCCCCGCAACGGAUCGCGGAGCUCUGUAGCACCGAAUCCAUGCGUGGACGCGGCCGACGCGUGCACCUCCGACGAGCGGUGCCAUCGGCUGCGCACCGCGUACGUGGCGCAGUGCUUGGGUCGCGCCGCGCCGGGGGGCUGCCCCCGCGCCCGCUGCCGCCGCGCCCUGCGCCACUUCUUCGCCCGCGGGCCGCCCGCGCUUACCCACGCACUGCUCUUCUGCCCUUGCGGCGGCCCCGCGUGCGCAGAGCGUCGGCGCCAGACCUUCGUGCCCUCCUGCGCUUUCUCAGGGCCUGGCCCAGCGCCACCUUCCUGCCUCGGGCCCUUAGACGCCUGCGAGCACAGCCGGAUCUGCAGGCCCCGCCUCCUGGCCUUCCAGGCCUCCUGCGCGACCACAGCCAGCAGCCCUGACGGCUGCCUCCGGGACCAGGCCCCCAGCUGCCUGCGCGCCUACGCCGGCCUCGUGGGCACAGCCAUCACGCCCAACUACGUGGACAACGCAAGCGCGCGCGUGGAGCCCUGGUGCGACUGCAGAGCCAGCGGAAAUCGGCGUGAGGAGUGCGAAGUCUUCCGGGGGCUCUUUACGAGGAACCGCUGCUUGGAGAGUGCCAUACAGACCUUUGAUGGUGGGUGGCCCCCAAUCCUGCGUAACCAACUGGACUCCCACCAGGACCCUGAGCAGAGUCUCCUGCAGGUGUCUACUGCAGAUGCAUCCCUGGAGGGGAGCUCCCUGCUCUCCAUGCUUCUUGUUCUGGCUCUCCAGUCCCUGUUCUGACUUGGACAGCAGACCUUGGACAACUGUCCCACCCUGCCUGGGAUAUUGGGCCUCAUCAGUGGCCUGCUGCCCCACUGAAAAGGGACUGGCUUGUCUGUUAAGCUGGCCCACUGCUCUUGCUCUACUGCUCUUUGCAGAUCUGGACACUUUCUAUCAUGCUGUAAGGCAUACAUCUGAACAGACUUGUAGGCAAAACUUCCCUCUGCUACUGCAGCAUUUUAUGGCAUCCUCCUAGUUAGGCACCACCCAUCAUGAUAAACACCUGCACCCCAUAACUAACAUUGGCAGAUUGCUUCCUGUCCUUGAUGUGCUGCUUGUUGGACACCACGUUGAGUGAGAAUCCAGUUCCCUGCAUUGCACUGGCCAUAUAGCCAUCUUCCCUGUGGUUCAGCCUAACACUAGGACUGACAUCCAUAACUCAAUAAACCAUGUGCGCUG